AUGAAUGGCAUGGAUUAUAUUUGGAUCUUCACAGGAUACCCAUUACCCAAUUUAGCACUUAAAGGAGAAGCUACUCAGUCAUCUACGCUCUCUUUUGCUGCUGCAUCCAAAGCCAUUGACGGUAGACGGAGCUCGUUCUAUACCAAUGGGUUCUGCAGCCACACUGCAGAAGACGAAACUGACCCCUGGUGGAGGGUAGACCUGCAGCACAGCUUUACAAUCACUAGUGUAAAAGUCACCAACAGAGGAGAUUGCUGUGCUGAAAGACUGGAUGGAGCUGAGAUCCGAAUAGGGAACUCACUGGAGAACAAUGGAAACAAUAAUCCCAAGUGUGCUUCCAUCUCCCACAUAAAAGCGGGUAAAACCUACACAUACCAGUGUGAUGGAGGCAGCAUGGAGGGUCGCUUUGUGAACCUGUUUCUUCCUGGACAGAAGAAAACUCUCACCCUGUGUGAAGUGGAGGUGUAUGCUGCCCGAGUGGAACCGCUUCCAAAUGUGGCCUUAAACAAAGAAACAGUACAGUCAUCGACUUGGUCUGGGACAGAAUACUGGGCCUCAAAAGCUGUCGAUGGAUGCAGAAAUGGAGAUGUGCCACAAGGAUGCUGUACCCACACUUCACCAACAGAGGACUCUCCCUGGUGGCGCAUAGACUUGUUGGGUCUCCAUAAGGUCACUGCUGUCACCAUCAUCAACAGAGGCAGUAGUACAGCUUACAGGCUUAUUGGGGCGCAGAUCUUGAUUGGAAACUCACUGGAUCAAAAUGGAAUUAAAAACUCCAUGUGUGGCACUGUCAAAUCAUUAGGGAGUUCCCCAACAUACACAUUCCAGUGUAAUGAAAUGGAAGGUCGCUACAUCACUGUGUUCAUACCAGGACCUGAGAAAAUACUGACAAUGUGUGAAGUGGAGGUGUUUGCUUCGCUCUAUGCCCCCAAAGCUGUCACUCCUUCACUGACUCCUCCACCAUCUCCUCCCACUGUGAGCGUGCUGCUGGGCAAAAGGAACGUGACGGUUGUGGGAAAGAGGCUCUGCUGGUCUGAUGCUCUGAUGUACUGUCGACAUUAUCACUGGGACCUGCUCAGCCUUUACAGCCAACAGGAGCAAGACGAGUUGGAGCAGCUGCUGGGCAGCCUUCCCUUCACCCUCACAGACUACAUCUGGCUGGGACUGCGCAGGUCACUAAGAGGAAAUGACUGGUUCUGGAUGUCUGGACAUUCCAUGAAUUUCUUCCAUUGGCCACAAAAUUCGGUCCCUUACUAUUAUUCGAACACCUGUGGCGGCAUGGGCAGCAGAGAGGACUUCCAGUGGAAGGACAUCCACUGUGGGGAACAACUCAACUUCAUUUGCCAAUUAGGUGCUGGGGACGACAUGCAAAGAGUGUAUUUCUACAGCACCAAGAAAGACAGAACCCUAGUGUAAAGGCCAACAACAUAUUGGAAAUGCAAAUUGCAAUGUGUAUAAGGGGGCUCAUCUCACCUUACAGGAGGCAACCUUUCUGCAAACAGCUGCAGUCUGACUUGGACUGACUGCAGUCACUCUAAGAGAGAUUAGUGAAGGUUUCAAAUAAUUGCUGUCCAAUUUAUAAAUGCAGACUAACUACUACUACGAUUCCAUCAUUUUGAAUGAGGCUUUAUCAGUGAGCACAACUCAACUUCAGGUUAUAUUCCUUUGUUACCAGGUUACUGAGUGCAAAUGUAAAAGUAAAAACUAUGAAUUUCUGUUAAAUGGGUUUUUCUCUCUAUAUAGACAGAUUGGUGAUUAACAAUGUAUUACUGUUAGUUGCUGUAUUAUCAGAAACAUAUUGCAUGUAAUUACCCGCUGGACCCCAUUCAUCUCCUCCUAGAUGAGUUGACCAAUCAUGAUGAAACUUUGCAUAGACAUUGUCUAGGGCACUGUCAGUGCCAACAUCUAAUUGCUAUAUACAAAUGUUUUACCCACAAUUGUAUGUAUUUGUCAGAUUAGAGUGUUUGUUGCAAUAUAAUGUAUCAUAGCAUCAUCACUACAGUGAUUGUAUGUUUGUAUGUUUCCUCUCUGCUAGUUUAAAUAAUAAAGUGUCACUGUG